AUGUCUCAACUCGUAUAUAUCGCCACAGAACCCUCAGACCGGAUUCGUGUAGAAGGAAUCACCACGCCCGAUUGGAUCCACUCGCAGUUAAUCGAAAGCGUCGACGCGAUCAAAGGCCGCCAAUUUCGUGUCACCGGUCCCAUCCCCAAAGGCGCCUGUCUCCUCGUCGAUUCCCCCUACGCAGUCAUUCCCGUCGUCGACGAACCCGCCCACAACGACAAGCUCAUCUGCAGCAAUCCCGCAUGUAAUCGACCAGCGCCUCGCCACACCCGGACUUCAUGUCCGAAUGCCUGUAUCCCGGAUGUGGCGUGGUGCGGCAACAUAUGCCGCGACGCAGAUAGUCUUCGACAUGACUUUGAAUGCGUUUGGCUCAAACGGUAUGCCGGGACUAUUCGAUCUAAAUGGGGUGAAUAUGAUUUCGGCAUGCUCUGGAUGAUUCUUCGGCUGCUUGCUGCGCGACAUUGUCAAUUAUCUGAGCGGACAUUGGCUGGUGUUGUCGAGUCGACGAAACAUUGGAAGCAUGGUUGGAGUGGAAUUGAAUCGCUUUGUGGUUCUGAGGAUACUUGGCCCCAUGACAAGGUCCGAUCUUGGUCUACUCUUGUGAAGAAGUAUCUUCGGAGCAGUUCCACUCUUCCCCAUGAGAUGAGUGCAGACCGUGUUCUUCAUCUCAUUUGUCAGGAAGAGGCAAACUCAUUUGGGCUUUAUCCACGAGAAACAGGUCAUUUUCCCGUGCCAAACCCUCCUGUCGACAGAGGGGAGCAAUUUGCUGCGGCUGUUUAUCCCACUGCGGCAAUUGCUAAUCAUUCAUGUUUGCCAAAUGUAGGGCAUCUUCCCCCGAAACCUGAAAUUGCGAAAGUAAUGCUAAUACACCGCAAGAUCAUCCAUAAAGCUGAUGACAAAGGUCGCAUGGUUUUUACCGCCUCCCGCGACAUUUUUCCGGGCGAGGAAUGCUGCAUCUCGUACUUCGACCUGACACAAUAUACCGAUCUUACUUCGCGUCGCGAGCAUCUCCGAAAAUCGUUCCGUUUUGUGUGCCAGUGUGAACGAUGUGUUUCCGAAGAAUCCGCAGACGAAUCCACCGAAUGGACUGCAAUGCCCAUGAUGGAUAUGUGA